UCCAACCCCCCGCGUGACGCCUGGAUGGGGCGACAAAGACAUGUGGUGGGCCAACCCACAGUGGCAGCUGCAAUGUGCGCUAGGCGGCUUCGCAGCCGGCGGUUUGGCCACCACUGCACCGCGGCCGCAGGCAGAGCCACAAGAGCCCCGCCGAGUUCAGGUGCCAAGUCCGAAGGUGCCGAAGGUCCAGGCGAAUGGUCUGCUGGUGCGCCUGGCUGCCCGAGUGCAGGAAUUCGACGACAAGCUGUCCGAUGGCCAAGGAGGAGCCAAUCUCCGAGACUUCGUCCUCCGUGCAUUACGCCCAGAGGUUCCCGCCACCGGCCGCGACACAGCCGCAGGUGGAAGCCAGAGGCGCUCAGAGGCAUCCCCGAGUCCGGAUCCAGUGAAGGUGGCCGACCAUCCGGAGAAGCUCUCGCACCUGCGGAACUUUCUGGAGGUGGGCACUUGGAACUGCUGCCUUCUGGAGCGCUACGGAGCCGCGGAGACACGCGAGCUGAUGCAGUUCAGCCGCCAUGCCUCCUGGCAGCGGCUGCGCUCGGCUGCGGUGCAGGAGGGUGUCUCUGCGCGGGGCUGGGUGUGCAGCCACAGAGGACCCAGCGCCGUGGUGCGCCUGGUUGCAGUGGAGGUCCCCGUGUUUGAGGAAGAGGACCGAGGUGCGAAGCAAGGGGAGAGCCCAUUGCCGCUUUUGCCGCCACCAGAUGGGGAGGGACUCCUUGCGCUACUGUGCCGCGAGGACGGCAGUGAGUGCAAGGCUCCAGCGGUGGGCUCUGCUCUACGGGUGCGCUUCCUGAGUGACACGCCCAUGCAGCGGCGCACCCUCAGAGAGGCCGGAGCUAGUUGCCGCGUGUGCAUGGAUGCGAGGUCCGCCGCCGUGGGCAUGCCCAUUGUCAGGAACUCCUCUCUGCGAGCCCUGGGUACCUAUGGGCCGGAGGGGUCUUCUCAGGAGUGGCCCGAGGGCGGUGUGUCUGACGUUUUGCGACAAGAUCCAUGCCAAAGUGCAGCAGCAGCAGAGGCAAGAUCUGCGUGUGGUCCUCCCGCAAUUCGACAGGCAAAGGACCUGGGCCUGGUGUCCCUCCACGGCAGCCUGGUGGACGCGCCUGAGGCCGAAGGCGGGCCGCGGCACGCGCCUGAGCCGCACCCAAAGCCGCAGCUGGGCGGACCGCCGCGUGAGGGAAGGCAUCGGCAAGGCGCGCAGCGGCGAUCAGAAGGCGGCGCUGGAGAGGUACGAAGCGGCACUGGAGCUCUGCCCCCAGCACAAGGAGGGCCUGGUGGGCCGUGGGGCAGCCCUUGCCAACCUGGGCCGUGCACGGGAGGCAUUGAGGGACUUCGAUGCCGCGCCGGAAGCUGAAGUUUCUGAAUUUGCCGGGGUUCAAGGAAUCAAAGCACCUUCAGAAGGCACUGGGACCCGUGCGGUGGGAAAUAUUGUUUCUGCUUAAUGAUGGCAGAGUUGAGGUCCACAACAAACUGAGAAGACUUUGCGAAACGAUAAG